AAGAUGCGACUGCGUUGAAAAUCCGUUGCUCAACAACCUCGAAGAGCAACUGGUAAUCUCAACUGAUUCUGUUACUUUUGGAAUGGUUGUGGAAAGAGGCACGGCACGGAACAAGCUCCAAGUAUCUGAACAAGAACUCGAGCCUUGUCCGCGACCCUGCUGUUCAAACCCACAAGCACUGUCAGGAGGCUAUCAUAUACCCUCGCAAGGGUAUAUGGUGCAGAAAACAGGAAAAAAUAAAUAAGAGUAGGAGAGGAUUCCAAGUGUGAGAGUAGUUGAAGGGGUGGGCAGCUGAGAGGGUGGAGAUAAAUCUGUCUCCAGAAAGGUAAAAUGGCUGAAUAGUCGCGGGAUGUGGCAGCUGUGGGUCUCCGGGUUCAGGAAAGGUUUGAGAAGAAGACGAGGCCAGUAGGGAAAAUGGAGAAACAGGACCUGGCAGGCCCAAGGCCAGCAGAGAGCUUGGACGGAGCAGGAAGAGAGAGCUUUGCCAUCCGUCCGGGAGCCACCCGGGAGCUACCUUGCUGGGCAGUGCCACGCCAGGAGGGCAGCAUACCUCAGCACUUCCACACCCAGUGGCAGGAUUUCCUGAAGACCAUGCAGUCCCCUCACGCAAGAUGGGGGAACCCGCCGUUGCCAGAGCUGACCUCCUGGGACGACCUGGUUGCUUUCGAGAGGGUCUUUGGCGCCUGCCAGUGGCCCAGGGGAGAUGCUCUGACCCGGCUGAUGCCGGCCUUCAGCGCGGAAGCCCACCAGGCGCUGAGCAGCCUGGCCUCCAGAGACAAGAUGGACUACGGGAAGGUGAAGGCCGCCUUCCUGCAAGGGAACUCCACCGGCACGGAGAUCCAUCGCCAGCGCUUCCGGCAGUUCUGCUACCAGGAGGCUGAGGGGCCUCGGGAGGUUUGCGGCCGGCUGAGGGAGCUCUGCCACUGCUGGCUGGAGCCAGAGAGCCGUACAAAGGAGCAGAUUGUGGAGCUGCUGAUCCUGGAGCAGUUCCUGACCAUCCUGCCUCAGGAAAUCCAAAGUCAGGUCCGGGAUCGGAGCCCAGAGACCUGCGCCCAAGCAGUGGCCCUGGCGGAAGGCUUCAUUCUGAGGCAGCAGGAAGAACAGGGGCACGAGCCGUUCCGAGAGGUGGCUGUGGAUUUUUCUGAAGCGCAGAGAGCUCCGCUGGAUGCCAGGCAGAGGCAGCUUGGCAGGGAGGUCAGGAAGCAAGAUAACGGCGGCACCUGCCUAGUGGGCACCACUAACACAGCCAGCAGAAGCGAGGAGCAAUUUGAACACCAGGGAUCGAGGAGGGAAGACGUAGAGGAAGAGGCGGCAGCGCCCGCAGCCCCAGAGGGAGCCCAAAGGAAAGAGAAAUCCCACCUCUGCAUCGAAUGUGGCAAGAGCUUCACCCGCCCCUCGGACCUGGCCAAGCACCUGAACGUCCACACAGGAGAAAAGCCCUACCUGUGCGUCGAGUGCGGGAAGAGCUUCAGCCAGCUCUCACACCUUACGAGACACCAGAAAAUCCACUCGGGAGAGAAGCCCCACAUCUGCUCCGAGUGCGGGGACACCUUCAGCCAGCGAGCGUACCUUGUCAGUCACCAGAGAAGCCAUUCGGGAGAGCAGCCCUACCGCUGCUCCUACUGCCAGAAAUGCUUCAGCCACCAGUCGGCCCUGAAGAUCCACGAGCGGAACCACAUGGGCCAGAAGCCCUACGCCUGCGCCGACUGCGGGAAACGCUUCGUCUCCUCUUCCUCCCUCACCACCCACCGGAGAAUCCACACGGGGGAGAAGCCCCACGCCUGCAGCGUGUGCGGGAAGAGGUUCAUCCAGCACUCGAACCUCGUCUCCCACCAGCGGACGCACUCGGGGGAGAAGCCCUUCUCCUGCAAAGUGUGCGGCCGGAGGUUCGCCUACCCUUCCGACCUCACCAGGCACCAAAAGAUCCACACGGGCGAGAAGCCCUACCCGUGCGACGAGUGCGAGAGGCGGUUCACCAGGCUCUCGGACCUGAUCACGCACCAGCGGAUCCACACGGGGGAGAAGCCCUACCGCUGCAUGGAGUGCGGGCGGAGGUUCAGGCAGAGGGGGGUGCUGGUGAAACACCAGAAGUGCCAUUCGAAAGAGAACCCGAGAGGAGGCGAGUCGGCGGAGUCUCAGCCCGGCGGCGAGUUCAGACUCUGCGAGAUCAAGCAAGAGAAAGAAGAAUCUGGUUUGAUUCCCUCUCCCAGCUCUUGACGCUCACCAUCACUCUCUCACGCCGCUGCACCAGAGGGAGGAACGAUCUUGUAGGCUACCCAGAAGGGUUUUCGCUGUGCUUUUAUUUCUUUUCUUUUUUUUUAGUUAAAUAGUUCUCCUUCUUUUGGCGCUGGCUAAAACCGGUCCCGAGAGCAGCUAUCCAUUGCCGUCUGCCGCUUGGCCUGUGAACGGAUGUUGGGAACUGGGAUGGGGUGUGUGCGUUUUGUGGAUGGAGAGAAAGGACGCAAGGAAUCCGCCUCACCCUCUUCCGCUUCACACGGCUGAAUGGCCGGCUGUCACGGUGACCUUUGGAAGAAGCGGAGGCGAGGCGGUACGCUCUGUGUACAGCAGUCAAAUACACCUCUCCGAAGCAGCUGGCCUGUCCAUGUUUUGGCUGGAUGCGAAAGGGACAACAGGGAAAUAGGAUUUCCUCUCUGCUACCUUGAGGGAGAAGCUGGAUGCAGUUGUCUACUUUGUACGUCUCCAAAGGGACAAUGGCAUCUUCUACGCCAGACAUCGUUGCUGGGCUGGGCUGGGCUGGAAGUGAAUGCAGAUGCCAGGGGAAAAGUGAAGCCAGGGGCUGGGGAAAGGAGUCAGGACCAUAGCUGUCAACUUUUCCCUUUUCUUGCGAGGGAUCCUAUUCGGAAUAAGGGAAUUUCCCUUAAAAAAUGGGAAACGUUGACAGCUAUGGUCAGGACACCAUAAGACCAAUGGUUGUGGGGGGGGGGGGAAUUGUAUGUGUGAGGUGCGCAGUAAAAAUAAUGGCACGGGCAGGUAAGCUUCCUUGAAUUGGAGCAAUGGUGGCUCCAUCUUCUCCACAUCCCUAGGCAUUUGUGCAAAACCCAGUGGGCUGUCAAGCAAGACAGGACUGCCGACAGUAAACUGCUUUUCGUUCCUGCUCUUGCCACACACCCCUCCCCCUGAUCACACCCAGACAAUAUGAGCUGGUCCUGCUCAGUUAAUGAUAUAAGAAGUGACUUAAAAAACCCAACUCUGGUCAUUGGUAAUGCCCAAUCUGGCUGGCAGCAGCUCCUCAAGCUCUCAGACAGGAGUCAUUCUCAAGUUUGCUACCUGAAAUCGCAGAUGGUAGGGGAUGAACCCAGGACUUUAUUCCACGCAAGUCAUGGGCUCUGCCACCGAUUUAUGGGAUCUGAGCUCUGCUGGCUACAGAUUAGACCUUUUUAAAAAUGCCCUGUGGCAAGCAGCCAGUCCCAGAUCAAUUGCCAAAAUCUCUCGUUUUAAUUGAUUUUAUUUAAGCCACUUUGGGAGCCUCUGGGGCUGAAGAGCGGUGCACAAAUGCUCUAAAUAAAUACAAAUAAAAUAUACGCAUUGCCCUCUGCUACCCAGCUCAUUAGCAGAUCGGCAAAUCUGAAGUAGGCAACAGAUUAAUAUAUACCUCCCCAUCUCAGUGUUAUAGAAGGAGAAGGAAUGCAUGGGGCUGUACACUGGAGGAGAGGGGCAGGGCCUGCAAUAACUAAACUUGGCUUGUGAACACUGAGAUCCUGGAGCAAACAGAGCAAUAGGAUUUGCUUGGCUUCUGUUCAUUCAUCCUGAAACUUUAAAUAUGGAGAUUCGGUGAUGGGAAAAGUGUGUCCUGAGAAAUUGCCUCUGUUGAAGGCCUCAGAGCCCCGCCAGCAGAAAAAGUUAGCAACCUGCUUUAUUCAAGUGGCUGGCCUCUUAAAACUAUUCUUGUUAGCAUCACCAUUUGAAUGGAACUAUUUGGGUUUCUCCUGAGAGCAGGAUAGAGAUUAGGUUAGAGUAACUGUUUGUUGUUCCAAAGCUGCAAGGUAUUUUUAGAAUGAAUUCACCCAAAACCUCGGAAAGGAACCGGCAAAAAGACGUAUGUUAAAAGAACUUUAGACAGGGACUGUGUGUACUUUAUGAUUCUGCAGAGGUUUGGGAAUAAACAUGUGGUGGACCUCACCUUUUAAUUUGAAAGGUUUUUGACUUUCGUAGUUGAGAAAAUAAGCUUGAAAAUUAUGCAGAUAGGAGGGAGAGCUCUGAGCCAAAUGCGUAGUCACCAGGAGACAAAUAACUGGUGCCUUAAGAGAACAAUCCGAACCGUGUCUACUCAGGAGUAAAUCCUACUGAAUUCAAUUGGACUUACUCCUAGGUAAGUGGGUUUAGGAUUGCAACCUACUCUCUCUAUGGUUGAACAAGCAGAACAGUGAAAAUGUAUGCCGAUUUAUAGACACCACAGAAUUUAUGUUUUCUUGGCAUGGGACUUGGGUUUCCCCAGUACAGUUCCCACAGCCCUACUUUUAUGGAACUUCUGAUAUAUAGAAUACUUUCAAAUGCGGAUGAUUUUAAUAAAUAGAAUCCUAAAAAUUA